UUCAGUUCAGGUUCUGUUUUAGGUUCUUUCCACAACAUGGACAACUUUUACUUUCUGUCUGAGUAAACUAAAGCAUCGAUGCAGGAGUGAAUGAAAGUGAGUUGAAGCUCUGACAGACGAGUAACUCGAGGUUCUCUUCAGGUUCUGUCCAGGUUUUCUCUUCAAACCCAGCUGAGAGCCAUGAGUGCUCUGCUCAUCCCCAGUUUGGUGCAGCUGUCUGCUGCCAUGGAGGAGCUGGAGAAGCUGCUGGAGGAUCUCAACAAUCGCCUCAGCUGGGAUUCCCCUGCUUCUUCUGUCCGGACACUGUUUCCAGUUCCUGUUGGAGGAUCACAAAGAGUUCAUAGGAGGAAACGCCUCAGAGGAGUUCAGCACUCUGAAGGCAUCAGGAUCCCAGAUGAAAGGAGCAGACUGAUGAAGCUUGCUGUGGAAAACUGCACCAAUCAAACUGUCCUGACGUGGCUGAGAGUAAAUUCAGAAUCAGACACCUUCACCAAGUUGGUGGACAUGUUUAACCUCCUGAAAACACACAUUGUAGCGGAAGAAAAGAAGAACCACAGAAACACUGUGGACAUCACCUUUGUAGCUCAUGGAUCAAUCGGAGACUUCAUGAUCCCAGCCAGCUGUCUGCUGCCUCUGGCCUCCAUCAGAGACGUGGUUCUGUAUUCUCCCUGGAACUGUGUCACCUGUGGUCUAGCGUACGGCAUCGCCUCAGGAAGACUGAAGCCUGAGCACAGGAUCUUCUACUGCUCCAAGAAGGAUGGAUGUACAGUUCCUGAUCAAAUGCAUCGACCCAAGAAUCUACCGGACCACUGGAACUCAAUGAAGAAGGCUGGAGAUCAGAUGAUCCCAAACAUCACUGUUAGUCCUCUUCGACCAGACGAUGGAGUGUGGAAAAGCUUUGAAUCUCUCACCAAAAAACAUGGUUCUGUAGGAAGAAACCGGAUCGUGAUCCCUUUCAUCCUCCCAGGAAAAGAAGCUGAGAGCUUCCCGUUCUCUGUGGUCACCUUGGCCUUGUCUCUGGUUCUGCUCCAGUCCAGGUUUAAAGCCACCGUCCACCUGGAUGCCUGUCUGAGCGACAGAUCUGUUGGGCAGAAGCUUGAAAGAAGCUACCUGGACCAGCAGUAUGCCUGUGCUAUCGACAGCACCGGACUGGCAUACUCUCCUGAGAUGUUCAGUCAGGCCCAGUUGAACAGCCCGGGUUCCAUGAAAUGAGGUGUAAACACCACACCGAGUUCUGCCAUGUAUUCUCAACACAUCAAUGAUAGUGAGAACCAAACAUUAUGUCUGCAGGCCUCCUGGUUCUUCACAGAGCCAAGAACAAAGUCUUCCAUUUAGCAGAAUUCAGAAACCAUCAAUGAAAGAUCUCGCAGGCUUUUGUGUCUCCGAGACAAACUUAGAGUCUCAGUAACCGUUAGUUUUCUCAGGUUAAAUAAUGUUGGAUCUCAUCAGCGUAAGAAAAAAUGUCCUGUCCUGAUGAUAUUAUCAAGAUAUUAUCCAGAAUAACAUAAACAGAGAAUUAAGUUGGUCUCAGUCCAGAACCUUGGGGUCCACCAGAACUGAUUCAGGAAUGUGUGGAGAAAACAUAGUUUACAUCUUUAAAUGGGAAUCCUUUCCAUAAAGACUAGAACCAAAGCGGGUUCGUUUCGAGGCUUUAAACAUGGAGCAAUGGAUGGACAGUGAAACGUUCUGAGGACUUCAGGCUGUUUCUUGCUGAAAUGUCAAUAAAAUAUCUGAACUACAUUUCCUUCUUCAUCAUAGCUGCUACUCCUCUUCCAACAUUAUGAACUUCCCAGACGUUUUAGGAAGUACAAACCCAGACCUGAUAAGUUAUCAGACCAAGUAACAGUCUGAAAAUCGUUGAACUUCGACGAUUUGAAUUCAUAAAGCAAGAGAUUAGCAUGAAAACCCAGAGACCAGUAAUUCACCCUUUGAUGCAAAAACAUAUUAACACACCUGCAAAGGUACAGCAUGGGUGGAAAAUAACUGUUUCUUUGCUCUGUCUUUUAAAAUAAACUUAUCUUUUACCUGAAAGUUCCCAGUGUUAGUGAAAAAUCUUGUUUUUUAUAUGAAAAAAAAUUAUUUCCAUUUUGCCUUCCAUCUUGUGUGUUUUU